UUGUUCAACGUAAACACCUCGCAAGAGGAAAAGAACUGUUCACAGAUCCCUUGCCAAGAGGAGGACAACAUGAAGAUACGGUCUGGUAGUCGUGCUGAAAAAAAUAACUGAGUUCCUGAAUCAUAUUUAUUGAAGGAACGAAAGGCUGAAACGUGAAUGAUCUUUUUUCUUUAUUAUCAACGCCGCUGAAUCGGAAUAUGACCGCGCGCAUUCAGGAAGAACAGAAAAGAUCACUUAUCUAGCUCCGGUUGUAACGGUCUCCUCUGAAACACUAGAUAGGCGGCAAACUUUGGACUCAUCAAUUGUUUCUUGAGAUGACAGUUUUGCACAUUCCCUAGUUAUGAUGACAUAUUCGUAAAGCAUAAUGCUUGGAAUCUGAACAUCAGUUACUAUACGUUAAUAACUGCAAACAAAAUGGAACGCCAACGUCCAAUAUCGGAACUAAAAAAUAUGGAUACUUGUUUGAGACGCUUGAAGCAGGAGCUGCUCUCCAUGAAGGAAGCCGGCGAUGGGCUCCAUGCUCAGAUGAACUCCAUGAUGGGGGCGCUGCAGGAACUCAAACUCUUACAGGUGCAGACAGCGCUGGAGCAGUUGGAGAUCUCAGGGAGGUCCAGCCACACCCCCCUGAUGGCAGACCCACCCAUGUCAUUCCCCCCGCCCCCCGAGGAGCAACGCCUGCCCCAUUUGAGGGACGGACAGAGGCGGAGCCAACACAGGAAGAGUGUGGACACGUCGCCCGCCUCCUCCAGCCCUGAGAGCGGCAGUUUUCCCCUGCCUCCGAGGUUCUCGCGAGAGACCGCCCCCUCAUGGGAGGAGCGCUGGGCCCCUCCCGCCCCUUGCCACACCCAUGUCCCCGCCUCUGCCCAGCCGGUGGACCUGCCAGCGAUCCUGCACAGCCUGUCCCGGGAGGGCCCGUCCCUGGACAGCGACUUCUCCCAGGACAGCGCCGACGACUCCAGCGACUGGACCUCCUCGCUCAUGAGCCGCAGCCGCAACCGCCAGCCACUGGUGCUGGGCGACAACGUCUUCGCCGACCUGGUGGGCAACUGGCUGGACCUGCCGGAGCUGGACAAGGGCCCAUCGGAGGAGGAUGGGAGCGGCAGUGGUGAGCCCGCGCACCCACUGAGGAUCAGCCGCUCCCAGGAGAUCUGCAGGAAGUUCUCCCUCACUGCCAACAUCUUCAAGAAGUUCCUCCGCAGCGUCCGGCCGGACAAGGACAAGCUGCUGAAGGAGAGGCCUGGCUGGAUGCCACUGGACAACCCCGAGGUAGAGCUCUUGAAGAGGCCCAAGAAAGGUGGAAAGCCAAAGGGGACCUUCUACCUCCCUUUCCGGGCUGGGGGAGCCGGACAGCAAGGCAAGGGUAGGCCGUGCCCCCGGCCCGCUGAAGGGAGGGGCCAGAUCUCAGGAAUAUACAUUGACAGGGAGAAAUCUGAGUUUGUGGAAAACGUUCCACCUGUGUUCGAUUACAACACAGCUGUGUGGGUCUAAUGGCUUCAGUUUACUGCUUAGGGAGAGGAGACAAACUCACCUGUCUUCCCAUGAGGCUGCAGUGCCACAAACGUCGAAAAUGCUCCUUCCCCGUUGCGUGUCCAACAAUCAUGCAAAGUGUGGCCAAGCUGCACUUUCUUUUCCACACAGCCAGCUGGCAGAGAAAGUGGCAGGAACAUCCACUCUAACCCUGGCUGUGGAUGAUGCUGUGUGAGGGGCAUUCACGGUACCUCACUGCCAGACUUUUAUUCUAGUGAAGGAAUGACAUUAAGGGAAUUCCGACAUUCACCUUUCAGUGCCAAGGGAAACCGUGGGAGCUACAUUCCUAAGCAUGCCCACAGUGACUCACAACGGCCAUAAAUCUCACUUUCCGUGUUCAUCCCCUACGACACAGACUUCAGCACACAGACAGCAGAGCAAAACUGAAGUAGCCUGAUGUUCUCUUCCAAUAUUGCAGUAAUGCUGCCAACCCAGGAAGUGCAGCCAUUUGCGCACAUCGCAGUUAUGAUAAUUCCAUCUCAUUCCAUCUUUCUUUCUCUCAUUGCCAUCCACCAUCAGUCAUACAGUUCGCUGCAGCUUUCUUUGCCUCAUGAUUCAUGCUCAGCCACGUGAAAGGGUCUCCAUAGCAGCAGCAAGGCUGCUGAUACAGAUCCUAUCUGGAACACCACCAGACACCCAGUGUACAUGUACAUUGAUGGAGGUAUGUUUAACAGACCCUAGACUCCAUCAUUCCUCUAUUGACAGUUCUCCUGGGUUGCAUUGCAUGCCGCAUGUGCCGGUGCCAGUAAGAGCCAGCCCCUUCUGCUUGCCUGAAAAUACGCAAGCAUGCAGCAAAUGCUGCUUCACUGUUUUAAUGCACAGCAGACCAUAGUGCUGACAUCACCAGCGCAUGCACGGAAAGCCAGCAGGACAGGUUGUUCAGCCAGACAGCCAUGGGUUUGUGGACGCAAACCAAACCCAUGUAUUGUACUAAUUUGACCAGGCACUGAGGGACAGUAGUUGUCAGCAUAUACAUGUGUGUCAUCUGUAGAAUAAUUCCAAACAUCUGCUUUUAAUAAAGAGAUGAGGGGCCUUCACAAGUAACAUUACCAUAUGGAGACACCUCUC